UUGAGCCAGCCGCUGCCUUGGCUACGGGGCUCCUAAGGUGGCGGCAUCUGUAGUGGGGCUACGGAGGCCGGGUUGCCGGGAAAGUAUUUAAGAAGCUCAUGGAGUAAUAUGAAUCAGAGUAAUAUAGGAUCUGCAGGAAGUCCCUCAAGAUAGUUGGAAAAGAAGAAUUUAUAGACUCUUCGUCAAGAUCUUCAUUUAUACAGCUGUUAAAUCCAAGGCUACAGUAGUGGUGAAACCAUGAAUAAAAAUACAUCUGCCGUAGUAUCAUCUGCUCUACUUGAAAAGGAUCCUGCCUUUCAGAUGAUUACAGUUACCAAGGAGACAGGCCUUGGUCUGAAGAUCCUAGGAGGAAUUAACCGGAAUGAAGGUCCCUUGGUAUAUAUUCAGGAAAUCAUUCCUGGAGGAGACUGUUAUAAGGAUGGACGUUUGAAGCCAGGAGAUCAACUUGUCUCAAUAAACAAGGAGUCUAUGAUUGGUGUAUCAUUUGAAGAAGCAAAAAGCAUAAUUACCAGAGCCAAGUUGAGGUCAGAAUCUGCUUGGGAGAUAGCAUUCAUAAGACAGAAAUCUCACAGCAGUCAUUUAGAAAAUCCAUCGUGUUCAUCCCUUUUACAAGCUACAGGAGAAUAUGGACCUCAAGCCUCAAAAUUGAGUCUUCUUUCUUCUCCCCCUGAAAUACUAAUUCCAAAGACCUCAUCCACUCCCAAAUCUACAGAUGCCAUUUUACCUUCUUUUAAGAUAAAUCAGAUAAAAACUAGAUACAAGAAAACAGAACAGAUUCCAAUUACUUCUUCAGACAACAGCCCUACAGAUAUGCCUAAUACAGAUAUUGCCCCUGCCUUGACUGAUAAUUACGGACCACAAGGAAAGAAGAUUUCCCUAAAUCCCUCUGUUCGCCUUAAAGUAGAGAAACUGGAAAUGGCUCUAAAUUAUCUUGGUAUUCAGCCCACAAAGGAACAACACCAAGCCCUGAGACAGCAAGUGCAAGUAGACCCAAAGGGGACAGUGUCUUUUGGAGAUUUUGUCCAGGUUGCCAGAAACUUGUUUUGCUUGCAUUUGGGUGAAGCAAAUGUUGGUGCACAUGAAAUUUCUAACAUAUUAGACUCACAGCUUCUUCCCUGUGAUUCCUUAGAAGCAGAUGAAAUGGAAAGGCUUAAGCAUGAAAGAAAUGAUGCCUUGGAAGAAGUGAAUACACUUAAGGAAAAAUUAUUUGAAUCGGAAAGGCAAAGGAAACAAUUGACAGAAGAACUCCAGAAUGUGAAACAGGAAGCCAAAGCUGUGGUGGAAGAAACAAGAGCCCUGCGAAGUCGGCUUCAUCUUGCCGAAGCUGCACAGAGACAGGCACAUGGAAUGGAAAUGGAUUAUGAAGAAGUGAUCCGUCUGUUAGAAGCUGAGAUUACAGAGCUGAAGGCUCAGCUUGCUGAUUAUUCUGACCAAAAUAAAGAAAGUGUUCAGGAGUUAAGAAAGAGAAUCACAGUACUUGACUGCCAAUUGCGAAAAUCAGAAAUGGCUCGAAAAACUUUUGAGGCAUCCACUGAAAAGCUUCUUCAUUUUGUAGAGGCUAUUCAAGAAGUGUUUUGUGAUAAUUCUCUUCCUUUGUCAAAUUUAAGUGAAAGAAGAGCUAUGUUAGCUUCCCAGACAUCCCUCACACCACUGGGAAGGAGUGGACGUAACAUCCCAGCAACGCUGGCACUUGAAUCUAAGGAACUUGUUAAAUCUGUCCGUGCCAUACUUGAUAUGGACUGUCUACCUUACGGGUGGGAGGAAGCUUACACAGCAGAUGGAAUCAAGUACUUCAUCAAUCACGUAACACAGACCACGUCCUGGAUGCAUCCCGUGAUGAGCGCACUGACCCUGUCCUGCUCAGAGGAGAACGAAGAGGAUUGCUCCAGAGAACUUCCUGACCAGAAGAAUUGAUGGUUUUCUGUGGGAAGCUGUGCUCCAUGGUCUUCUGGCAUCUCCGUCGACGUGGAGGACACUGAGACACGACAUCUAAAAUAGGAGUAAAACGCACACUACUUAGUGAAGUUGUGAAAUGGAGACUGGAUUUAAGCUAUUUUUGUAAAACUUUUUGAUAUAACUGUAUACAUUUACAAGAUUAAUUGCCACUACAGUAGUUCUUUAGGAAUAAUCUAGUCCCGUUUUUGAAAUCACAUGUAAUUAGAUUUUAUAAUAUAUAUAAUUUUUCAUAUGUAAUUAUGUAAUUUUAUAUUUAGUUCUUUAUAGAA